CUUACCAAGAUUCUUGCCAAGAUUCCUUUAGUAAAUCUUACCAAGAUUGUUACUAAGAUUCUCUUAAUAAAUCUUACCAAGAUCCUUGCCAAGAGUUAAAUAGUAAUUCUUACCUAGAUUCUUGCCAAGAUUCCUGUGGUAAUUCUUACCAAGAUUCUUGCCAAGAUUCUUACCAAGAUUCCCACAAGAAUUAAUCCGAAUCUUGUCAAUAUUCCCUUAGUAAAAUCUUAUUAAUAUUCACGUUGUAAUUAUUACUAUUAUUUUUACCAACAUUCCCGCAGCAAUUCUUACAAAGAUUCUUAGCAAGAUUCCCUUAGUAAAUGUUACCAAGAGUGUUACUAAGAUUCUCUUAAUAAAUCUUACCAAGAUCCUUCCCGAGACUCAAGUAGUAAUUUUUGCUGAAAUUCUCGCCAAGAUUUCCGUAGUAUUUCUUUGAAAGAUUAUUGCCAAGAUUCCCUUAGUAAUUCUUGCCAAGAUUCGUACCAACAUUCCCGUAGUAAUUCUUACCAAGAUUCGUGCCAAGAUUCCCGUACUAAUUGUUACCAAGAUUCUUACCAAGAUUCCUGUAGUAAUUCUUACCAAGAUUCAUACUAAGAUUCCAGUAGCAAUUCUUGCCAAGAUUGUUACCACGAUUCCGGUAGUAAUUCUUACAAAGAUUCUUGCGAAGUCUGCCUUAGUAAUCCUUGUCAACGCUCUUACCAUGAUUCAAGAUUUAAGAUAUCAGAUUUUCUCAGUAGUAACUCUUACCAAGAUUCUUGCCAGGAUCCCAGUAGUAACUCUUACCAAGAAUCUUGCCAAGAUUCCCUUACUAAAUCGUACCAAGAUUGUUACUUAGAUUCUCUUAAUAAAUCUUACCAAGAUCCUUGCCGAGACUCAAGUAGUAAUUCUUACCAAGAUUCUUGCCAAGAUUCCAGUAGCAACUCUUACCAAGAUUCUUACAAAGAUUUUUCGGCUGUAAUUCUUACCAAGCUUCUAAAUUUUAACAACAUUCUUACCAAGAUUCCCUUAUGAAGAUUUUCGUAUUAAUUCUUACCAAUAUUCUUGCCAAGAUUGUCGUAGUAAAUCUUACCAAGAUUGUUGCCAAGACUCCUGAAUAAAUCUUCCAAAGAUUCUUUCCAAGAUUCCCGUUUUAAUUCUUACCAAGAUUCUUGCCAAGAUUACCUUAGCAAAUCUUACCAAGAUUGUUACUAAGAUUCCCUUAAUAAAUCUUACCAAGAUCCUUGCCGAGACUCAAGUAGUAAUUCUUACCAAGAUUCUCGCCAAGUUUCCCGUGGUAAAUGUUAUUAAGAUUUUUACCAAGAUUCCUCUAGUAAUUCUUACCAAGAUCUUGCCAAGAUCUCGGUAG